AUGUCAUUGUCUUUGUACAGGAAAUUAGGAAUUAGAGAUGCUAAACACCACAAUAUAUUGCAACUAGCUGACAGCUCCAUAAAGCAUCCAAAAGGGAUUAUUGAAGAUGACUUGGUGAAGUUGGACAUGUUCAUUUACCAUGCAGAUUUUAUCGUAUUAGAUAUGGAAGAAGACCGGGAUAUUCCAAUCAUUUUAGGCAGACCUUUCAUGACUACUGGAAGAGCAUUGAUUGACGUACACAAAGGAACAUUGACACUGCGGGUUAAUGAUGAGAACGAAAAUUUGAACAUCUAUCAAGAGUGA